AUGCCCCACGUCUGUCAACAGACGCUUCGUUGUCGUCGUUUCUCAACAUUGCGGAAUCGCAGGGCCAGAAUACUCAAAUGGAACAACUUCAACAGCAACAGCUACCGCAACAGCUACCGCAACAGCUACCGCAACAGCUACCGCAACAGCAGCCACACCAACAACAACAGCAACAGCAACACAACCAACAGCACCACCAGCAACAGCAGCAGCAGCAUCAGCAGGAGCAACAACAUGUGCAAGGCACACAGGGGCUCUCAAGGUGCACAGAGUGCACAGAGUGCACAGCAAUCGCAUCAGGUUCCAUCACGUUCCGAUUUUGGGCCUUACAGUCGAGGUUACUCAAUUAUCAAUAGCUUUUGGCCUGGAAAUGCAGGCAACCAAAACCAGGUACCAGCCAUGCCUCCAUCGGAUGGUGGCGGUGGCCAGUUCACCACAAUGCGACGCCAAAGUGAACAAUUGGAGCCAUUUAUGCCCCGGUUUAAAACUCCUAGCUUCUCGUCAGGUGUCCCGGGAUCUGGCCAAUAUCAAACGCAGCCAAUCCCACCGCAUAGCAGCGGAGCUCGGGGCUCUGAAGCAUUGAUGCCCAAUUCCAAACGCAAUUCCAUCUUCUUCAGCGGUGCUGAACCCCCGGAUCUCGACUUUUUUUAUUCCAACAAACAACGUGAUUCCCAGUACGCCAUGCGGCCUCCACAUAUUCUACCACAUCGCAACAGCUCUUCUGGCGGCAUGUCCCUAUUGGGCCGUCCCAGCUUGACUGCUGGGUAUCCCAGCGUCAAUGAAAAUGCUACAUCUAUCCCCAAUAAUAACGGCUCCGAAAAUAAUGACAAUACCAGUAAUUCAAGGCCCUUAGAGGCUAACAACCCUGCAAACUCCGCUGGAUCCACAGGCUCUUUGCCUCCACCAACAGCACAAGACUCAGAUCUAGAGGCGAUCUUCAAUCAAGGUCUUUCGUCACGGAAAAAUUCCAUGCGGUUUUCUACCGAUGAUUUCGACUUCGAUUUUAGGAGACGAGACUCGUCUUUGAGAGGGGCAUUAGAAAACCCUAGCUACGUUUCUGGUGCACCACUGGUACCAAUUGGAGCCGGUAAAUCGGAUGCGGUUGGUGGGCAUCCACCCAAGGCCAAGUCCCUUUCUGGAUCGCCCUUGACUACAACCGCCACUCACCAGGAUACCGUACCCCAGCUUAUUUCAGAUAUCCAGCCACCCAAGCGGGCUGGUAAGCAGGACGCCCACUUGCAAGCGCCAGCGACGAAAAAAUUGCAUCGUAAUGGUAACAGCAACAUCAGCUCGCAAGUCAAGACGGAAGGCGUGAACAACAUAAUGAACUAUUUGGAGCCCAAAGAUCCGCUAUCAGUCACGGACGAGGUGCGUCCCCUAUUGGGUGCUACCAAAAUUGAUCAGUUGGUUCUCAUGAUUCAAGCACGCAAAAAAGGCGUAACAGAUCGCAUACCUCGUGGACCAGAUGGAAACGUUCUUAUUGAAGAUGCUCCUGGCCUUAUUCCACCUCCGAGCGAGUUGAUGGGCGGAAUAGAAAAACCGAAGGUAAACACCACAAAGCAACACGAAUGCCCUUACUGUCAUAAGUGCUUUACACAAUCUACACAUCUCGAGGUUCAUGUGCGCUCACAUGUGGGCCAUAAGCCUUUCUUAUGUGAAUUUUGUGGCAAAAGGUUCACACAAGGUGGAAAUCUACGGACGCAUGUCCGCUUACAUACUGGUGAAAAGCCGUACGAGUGUGAUCGAUGUGGACGUCGCUUCUCCAGAAAGGGAAACCUAGCAACUCACAGACUGACGCAUGACAACAUGCGACCCUUCCAAUGUAAGCUGGAUGGUUGCUCGCGAACCUUCGCACAAUUGGGGAAUAUGAAAGCUCAUCAAAAUCGUUCCCAUCAGGCCACGGUGAAUGCCCUAACUCAAAGACUUGCCGAGAUUGAUUCUAACGAGAAAAUUGCGCCGGAAGAAAGAGAAAUGGUGGAGUAUUUUGCAGAUUUGUACAAGAAUUCGAACAGAGGCAUAAAGGGACGAGGCAAGGGCAAUACACGGGUGACGCGAACAACAAGUCCCACGGAGUUGACCUCUCCACAACGCGGAGGCCACGAAGCAGCGAUCGAUGUUAGCACAAAGCAAGCAAACGAAGCGGGAAGCCCUACAGACACGUCCAAACCGCUCGAUCUGCCGCGCCCCACAGACCCCACAGAUCGGCCUGACAUACCCUACGGCUUAGAAUUGCCAGAAAGUAGUGACGUUGCUCCAGGUGGGAACCCGAUUGAUCCCGGCUCAAUGAAUGAUGGCCCGGUCCCGGAUCCUCAUGACUUCACAUUUGGCCUGAACCAGCAUAUCAAGACAGAACCGAAUGAUCGAUUUCGGCUACCUACAAACGGAAACGCAAGUCUCAAUUUCAAGGACGUCCCCUUCGACUCCUAG